UCUUAGACGAACAUCCCUCUGAAUAGCCUCUGGCAGAUAUAAUUUACCAUCUCCCCAUAACAACACCCGCCGUUCAUUAUACCCAAACCCGCUUUCACAGUCGUUCCCUUUGGCCACCCCCACUCCUACUCCCCACAAAACUUCUCACUAAGAUGGAUUUCCUCGGGGUACGCAGAUAUAUCCCUUCUGAAAAGAGUUAGUUAAAGCUACAGUGGGACUAACGUAUUGGUAAUCUUUUCAGCCUCUUGCCCAGUCUCUAGAUCGCUCAGGAUUCAACUGGAAGGGAUUGAUUAUUGGAUUCGGGCUUGCGCAUUAUGCCUUUGAAACCUAUCUUUCGAUAAGACAGUACAGGAAGCUACAAGAGACAAAGCCACCCAAAUUGUUAGAGACAGCUGUUACCCAGGAGGUCUACGAUAAAUCUCAAGUGAGUUGGAUAUCUGUCUGCACGGGCCACGGCGUUCGUAUGAUGGGGGCUAACCCCAGCCUGCUAUAGGCGUACGGGAGAGCAAAAUCUAAGUACGGAUUCGUCGAGUCUUUCUUUGGACAAGUUACCAAUGUUUCGACCAUCUACUUUGAUCUUUUACCAAAAGGAUGGGCUUUGAUGGGCCGUAUCAUUACACAGCAUGCACCUGCUGGGUUUUCCGGAGAAAUCUCGCAGUCAAUAUUGUUCUUUGUCAUCUUCAACUUUCUCUCGACCAUGAUCAAUUUGCCCUUUAGCUAUUACAAAACAUUUGUUUUGGAAGAGAAGUUUGGGUUCAACCAGCAAACUAAGAAACUCGUAGGUGCCGCCCAGCCUAUUCACGGGGCCUGGGCUGACUUUAUUCCUUUAGUUCUUUACCGAUAUUAUCAAGACCCAGAUUCUCUUCAUUGUCCUUGGAAGUCCGAUCCUCGCUGGGUUCCUUGCGAUUGUCAAGACCUUCGAUAACAACUUCUUUUACUAUGUCUGGAUCUUCGUCUUGGGAGUUCAGGCUUUUAUGAUCACCGUAUACCCUAUCUGGAUUUUGCCCUUGUUCAAUACUUUGGCACCGAUGGAACCCGGAAAGCUCAAGACGGAGGUUGAGGCUCUCGCGGCAAGAUUGAAGUUCCCACUAAAGCAGUUGUACGUGAUUGAUGGGUCUAAGAGGUCAGCGCAUAGUAAUGCGUACUUUUUCGGACUUCCGUGGAGCAAGCACAUCGUUAUCUACGAUACCCUGAUUGAGAAGAGCGAAGUUAGUGAAGUGGUUGCAGUCUUGGGGCAUGAAUUGGGUCAUUGGAAAGAAGGGCAUACCACCAAGAUGUUUGGUAUCAGCCAGGUAGGGGAACCCCCGCCAGCCCUGCUCUAAACAUCCACUAAUUUUUUUUCUCUUUUUCUUUUCACCGCUAGUUUCAUCUCUUCUACGUGUUCGCGCUAUUCUCGGCGUUCAUCAACAACACCUCUCUCUAUGAGGCUUUCGGCUUCUACAAGACCCAGCCAAUUCUCAUUGGGUUCCUCUUGUUCAAUGAUAUUCUUCAACCUCUUGACACUCUCGCCAAACUUUUCCUGAACGUCCUCUCAAGAAGGUUCGAGUUUGAGGCUGAUGCUUUCGCUGUGAGUCUGGGCUAUGCUGAGGAACUCUCCAAGAGCUUGAUCAAGCUCCAGGUUCAGAACCUCGCGACCAUGGAUGCUGACUGGCUUUACUCCUGCUACCACUACACUCACCCGAUUCUCUCGGAGAGAUUGAGGGCCCUCGAACUGAAGAGUAAGAAGGCUCACUAAGCUGUCGCAUGAUGUGGGCAGCACUGGCAAGACACAAAAUAAAGGUGUUGGGUUUGGCGGAUGAGGAAACGGGCGUUGGGAAUUUUGGGUCCUGUCUUUCGUACCGGCUUGAGGGGCUCUAGGGUUGAAUGGUUAUGCAAGUUGCUAUGAGGCGACUAUAUGAGAAAAAAUACCUUACAAUGCUAAUGGAUAAAAAAUAUGAAAUCCGAGUGACCG